AUGCAUGCGUCCUCUGGAAAACCAGCGAAACGAUGGACGGACGUGUUCGAGACCAACGACAAUCAUCUGCUUUCGCAUUUGGUGGGCUACGUAAUGGGCCACGUGGAUGACAUUAUGUUUGAAGCAGACUACUACCAUGGACAACGUUCACCGGAGAAAGAAACUAAUAGAAAUUUUGCAGGGGUCAGCAAAGCCAGUGAAGACGGGCCAUUCAAGUAUACAGACUUCGACAUCAUUGGGCUGCUAAGCGAUCGAUAUACAUCCUUUUCACUCGUCGGAACACAUUCUAUUGAGUUCAUUUUGUUCUAUCGACUGUGUGCAUCACUUAUGUGCCAAACGGAGCAAAAGCUCUGGAAUGAAUUGAAUUAA